CACGACGCGCGCCCGCCGCAGGCGAACCAUGGCCCUCUCGAAGCUUACAUUAGCGCCGGCCCGCGCCUUAAUGCGCCAGGCCGCGCGCGGCAUGGCCCGCAAGCCGAUUGUGGGAGGCAACUGGAAGUGCAACCCCGCCACCGCCUCGUCGCUCGACGAGCUCGUCAGCAACUUCGACGGCUGCGCCCAGUACCUCGACAAGUGCGACGUCUACGUCUGCCCGUCCAACUUACACGUCGCGCUCGUCAAGGACUCGUUCAAGCCCGGUAUUAAAGUGGCGCCCCAGAACUGCAACUUCACGGGCUGCGGCGCGUACACGGGCGAGAUGUCCGUGGACCAGAUCAAGGACAUGGGCAUGUCCACCGUCCUCAUCGGCCACUCGGAGCGGCGCGGCGAGUUCGGGUUGCCCACGCCGAAGGAGUCGAACGAGCUCAUGGCCACGAAGCUCCAGUACAUUUUGGACCAGGGCCUCAGCUGCGUCUUCUGCAUCGGCGAGCCGCUGCCCAUCCGCGAGAAGGGCGUCGACGCGGUGCUCGCCGAGUGCGCGAACCAGCUCGAGGACAUUGUGCCCACCUGUGUGGAAAUCGACGCGACGCCUGCUCGAUAGCGUGGUCGGGUGCACCCGACACACUGGUUGAUUUCCACGCAGGUACCCAUCCUCAAGUCGCUCGAAGAUAAAUCUAGAGUCGUCAUCGCCUACGAGCCCGUCUGGGCCAUCGGCACGGGUGUGGCCGCGACGCCCGAGCAGGCCCAGGAGACGCACAAGGGCAUCCGCGACUGGAUCGCGAAGAACGUCGACCAGACGACGGCCGACGAGAUCCGCAUCCAGUACGGCGCUGUGUGGAAAUCUAUCAGUGCGUCGGGUGCACCCGAUUCCAUCGAGCAGACAUCGCGUCGAUGGCGUGGAGGACGACGCGAUGAUUCAGCACGAACGCGCCGUAAAAUUUUGAUUUCCACACAGGUACGGCGGCUCGGCGAACGCGAAGAACGCCCCGGAGCUCUCCGCGUUCCCGGACAUCGACGGCUUCCUCGUCGGCGGCGCGUCUCUCAAGCCCGAGAUCGCCGACAUCGUCGCCGCGAUCUCGGCCGCGAAGUAGGCCGUGUUCCCACGCUAUAUACGUGUCUUCAUCACAUG